AUAUCCAAAACAAGCUCUCUCAAAAGUGAGGAGUAAAUUAAGAGAAAGGGAGAGAUGGGCAACUCCGAUGAGACGAAAGGGAAGGUCAUCACUUGCAAAGCUGCUGUUGUCUGGGGUCCAGGACAACCGAUUUCCAUAGAAGAAGUGCAAGUCCAUCCUCCCCAGAAAAUGGAGGUCCGAAUGAAGGUCCUUUACACCUCGAUUUGCCACACAGAUCUCAGUGCUUGGAAAGGAGAGAACGAGGCCCAACAAAUGUAUCCUCGAAUACUAGGCCAUGAAGCUGCAGGGAUCGUUGAGAGCGUGGGAGAAGGAGUGUUGGACAUGAGAGAAGGUGACAACGUGGUUCCAAUUUUCAAUGGAGAAUGCGGUGAUUGUUCCUAUUGUAAGUCCGACAAAACUAACCUCUGCAAGAGGUUCCGGGUGAAUCCGAUGAAAGCCGUCAUGGUUAACGACUGGAAAACAAGGUUCUGGACGCGUGACGGUCAGAAGCCCAUUUACCAUUUCCUUAACACCUCCACCUUUGUGGAGUACACCGUGCUCGACUCCGCCUGUGUCGUUAAGAUAGAUGCCAAUGCUCCUCUAAGGAAGAUGAGCUUGCUCAGCUGUGGCGUUUCUACAGGAAUUGGAGCUGCUUGGAACACGGCAAACGUGCAAGAAGGAUCAAGCGUUGCCAUCUUUGGUUUGGGUGCUGUGGGGCUCGCUGUAGCGGAAGGAGCACGGUUAAGAGGAGCUUCUCAAAUCAUAGGCAUCGACAUCAAUUCAGAAAAAUUUAUCAAAGGCAAAACAGUAGGAAUUAACCAUUUCAUUAACCCAAAUGAUCUCCCGAAUGAGAAAGGUCAAAAAGCUGUACAUGAGAUUAUUCAAGAAAUGACUAAAGGAGGUGUUGAUUACAGCUUCGAGUGCUCAGGAAACUUGGAAGUUCUUCGGGAGGCCUUCUUGUCCACCCAUGAUGGAUGGGGAUUGACAGUAGUAUUGGGUAUCCAUCCGACGCCAAGAAUGCUCCCUCUUCAUCCCAUGGAACUCUUCGAUGGUAGGAGAAUCGUGGGAUCCGUCUUUGGAGACUUCAAAGGAAAGACUCAAUUACCUCAUUUCGCCUUGGAAUGCAUGCAUGGGGUUGUGAAUUUGGAUGGGUUUAUCAGUCACGAGCUUCCUUUUGCUGAGAUCAAUGAAGCAUUCCAAUUGCUUGCGGACGGGAAAGCAUUGAGAUGCCUUCUCCAUCUCUGAAAGUUAUUUUUAUAUACAUGGUUUCUAGCUAAGC